AUGGCAAACAUCAUCUCUAGUAAAGUAGAAGCACUUCCUCCAACUUAUGUCCCACCAAUGCAUGAAAGGCCACUAGCUUCAGUUCCAAUUGUCAAGGAAAUUCCUGUCAUUGAUUUGGGUGAAGAUCGAACUGUUGUCGCUCGACAACUUGUGAAAGCUUUGGAAGAAUAUGGCUUUUUUCAGGUAACUAAUCAUGGGGUACCGGAAGAUCUAAUGGACGAGGCAAUGGAAGUGUACGAAGAAUUUUUCAAUUUGCCAGUGGAAGAAAAAGAAAACUAUGCAAAUGCAGCAGAAACACUCUAUACCAGCAAUCCCAAGCAUUAUAAUUCAAAGGAUCAUAAAUACUGGAAGGAAGUCUUAGAACACAACUGUAAUAUUGAUGGACAAGAUAAAAAAACAUGGCCUAGUAACCCUCCAAAAUAUAGGAAGGUUAUUGGUGCAUAUUCAACCGAAGUAAGAAAGUUGAGCAUGAUAAUCUUUGAUUUGGUAAGCAAAGGACUAGGCUUGGAGGCAGGGUACUUUGGUAAAGAACAUAAGCAGAAAAUGAUUGUCCAUCACUUUCCAGUAUGCCCAGAUCCAAGUUCAACCUUGGGAAUGGAUGGACAUUGUGAUCCUAAUCUCAUAACAAUUUACCAACAAAAAGUAUAUGGCCUUCAAAUACUGAAGAAUGAGGAAUGGAUUGGUGUGGAACCUUUACCUCAUGCAUUUGUUUUCAAUUUCGGCCUCCCAAUAAUGGUAAUGACCAAUGGGAAGUUGGAAAGUGUUGCACAUCGAGCGGUGCCAAAUACAACUCAAACAUGUACAGGCAUUGGUACUUAUUUUUCUCCAGCAAAUAUUGUCGAGCCUGCAAAAUCAUUUGUUGGUCCAGACAAUCCCCCAUUGUUUAAACCCUUCAAAUGGGACACUGAAUUUUUUCCACAUUAUGCCAACAAGAAAUUAGUAUACCACGCAGCAUUGGAGGCUUUCAAAAUCUAUGCUUAG